AUGAUGCCCGGAUCGGAGACUUGGGCAGCGCCGGCGACGGUAACAGAGAAACUUGACUGCGUGGAGAGAAAGCUGUUUAAACGAUUGCUGGGCUACUUUGAGCCGUUGGUAUGUCAUAAAGGAGAACUUUACUCGGAAGUGGACAUGGUGUACCGUCGGAUAACACGUGGAAAAGGUCUACUUCUUCCCUGGCCUUCUGAGGUUGUCAUGGAAAACCGUCUUCGCGUCUUUGGUCACGUUAUGAGGAGACCGUCUGAUCGUCUUGUCCAAGAUGUCCUGAAGAUGCUUGCAGAUCCUAAUUGGAAAAGGUCUCCUGGUCGUAAUGGUCGUAAAAGAAAGUUCUAG